CGCCGCGCCGUCACUGCCGUUAGCUUUACACACAGCGCUGAGCUCCGCACCGCUCUCAAACAGUGGGCUCAUGGACUGAUCAUGGCCCAAAACAGAAGCCUUUUCAUCGAAGGGCUGGAGCGGGCGGAGAGCAGGAGAGAUGGAGGAUUUAAACAGUUCAAAGACUGGAGCUUCUCUCUCAGUGAAGACAGUGAGGAGGACAAGGAGCACAAUUGUAGUGGCGUGAGAAUGGAGCAGAGUGACAGGCAGCAGGCCACGCCCCUUGAGGAGAGCAAGCCUCUUCCAGCACGGCUCCUUGCUCCUUCAGACUCCGUCAGAACCUACGAGAACCGUUCAAACAGUGGCCGGUCUCUGCACAGACUGGCCCCUAAGAAGCACAUAGACUCUCCGAUGCCAAACAGAACCAACUUUGUGAUCAUAAGCCCUGCUCCGUCUCAGGGCAUUGUUGUCCAGGGACGCCACUUUCAGCAUGCCCAGAUGCCCUCCCAUGUACGCAGACCUCUGGCACGGGACUUUCCUCCGACGCAGCCCCCAGUGGAAAUGGACAGUAUCGUGCUCACCUGUCCAGACGUCUCAGAGGACGAGUGUUUGAACGUGAAGCGUCGAAUAGUUCAGAGGAGGCAGGACUGUCGUACCUUUUCUUCACCACCGGAGUUGGUCCAGUCAUGGCCAUCUCCGUACCCACUGAUCUGUUUGAACUGUAAAAAACCCAAAGAACAAUCAGAGAAAUGCACAAACUGUGGAUCCAUUGGCCCCGCCUCCUCCACGCCCACGCCACGCCCACCCAUCAGACUUAACCCCACCCAGGUCCAGACCCGGACUCAGCCCGAACUGCUCCAGGGUCUACAGCCAGUCCAAGGCUUCUACAGACCUGUGUCCACUCUCCCGAUGAGAGUCACGAAAACCCAGAACAACGGAACCAAGAGGGCCAGCGAGAUCAGUGACCCAAUUGUCCUCUCGAGUGAUGAUGAUGAAGAAGAUGAAGCAGAUAAUGCGAGCACAGGGAGCUCUCGUCUUGAUAACAUCUCCCCGCGUCCUGCAGACUCCGCUCACUCCUCGCCAGCGCCCUCUGGUGGAAAAGUGGAGGCAGCGGUGAAGAACGCGGUAGAGCAGGAGGAGCUAGGAGCAGACUUCUUCGAGGACGUCAACAUGAAGAUCAGUAUCCCCCGGAGAGCACGCAUGAAGGACCAGUUUGGGAAAACCCCACCUGAGCCUCCACGUCAGAAGAAACCCAAACUUCCCUCCAAAUGUUCCAGCAUCAUCCUGGAAUGUCGCAGCAUCCGGAUUGGAACACUGCGGAGACUGGUCCGCAAACCUGUGGUGUUCACCACAGAACACAUCCAACUCGACACAGAAGGUCCUGAGGGUCAGGCUGAGUCCGUGGUCUUUCGCGCCUCUGAGCUGGUCAGCUGUGAGUGGUGCAGCGUUCGCAAACUUCCUGUGUUGUUUUUCCAAAGCUCGGAACAGGAAUGUUCACGUCUUAGGGAGCAGCUGCAGAUGAGCCGAGGACUGGGCGGAGACUGGAUCGACUGCUCCUCCACACACCCUGAUGAAAAGUACAUCGUGUUGAUCUUUGAGAAUGGCCUUCCCAUGGAGCAACAGGUGAUCCUGGAGGACAUUUUAGGAGAAAUCGGGCAAAACAACAAUCUCAGUGACUUUCCCGCCAAAAUCUCCUUUGACGAAGCAAAUCUGCGACUGGUGAAUUACAACAAGGCCACAGAGCGAAAGGACGACAAGGUUAAACCCGCCCGAUCUCCUCCCAAACCCAGUCCAGUCCCGGUCCGGACCAGAAUGUCCACGAGACACAAACCCAACAGCUUUGAAUCAGACGACGAGAUGACAGAGCUACAGCCCACAUUCACUGGGCCCAUCGUCAAACUCAUGGUGUACCCCCCUCCUCCGGCCAAAGGGGGCAUCACUGUCACCAAUGAAGACCUGCACUGUCUGAACGAUGGAGAAUUCCUCAAUGACGUCAUCAUCGACUUUUAUUUAAAAUAUUUGGUUCUGGAGAAGUUGAAAAAAGAGGACGCUCAGAGGAUUCACGUCUUCAGCUCGUUCUUUUACAAACGUCUCAAUCAGAGAGAACGACGGAAUGGACCUGACCCCUCCAACCUGCCGCUCCAGAAAAAGAAGCACAACCGUGUGAAGACCUGGACCCGACACGUGGACCUGUUCCAAAAGGAUUUCAUCUUCGUCCCCAUCAACGAGUCAGCUCACUGGUACCUGGCUGUGAUCUGCUUCCCCGGCCUGGAGCGCCCCCUGCUGGAGCCGAACCCUCAGUUCCAGGGAGAGAAUCCGAGUGGAGAUUCCCAAACGGAAGAGCCAAUUCCGGAUCACUGCCGCCCGCUGUCCCCAUGCACCUCCCUGGAGCCAGAGGAACCCGAAGAGAGCCCAGACAACCAAGAGCAAACCUACACCAGUGAGCUGCACAGGAUCAGUGUGUGCUACGGCUCCAGAGGCAGAGACACUGACCCAUUUGCCUUCUCCGACGACCACAGCUCCUGUCAGGACGAGUGCAGUGAAGACGGAGCUCUCGCUGACGACGCCUCCAACGACAGCUCAUCUUUAACCUCAAAACCAACCAUCUGUAAACAGCCAUGUAUCCUGAUCAUGGACUCGCUCAGAGGUCCAGCUCGGUCCACAGUCGUCAAAACCCUCCGAGAGUACCUGGAGGUGGAGUGGGAGGUGCGGCGUGGCUCUCAGAGGAGUUUUAAUAAAGACGUGAUGAAGGGAUCCAGUCCCAGAGUUCCACAACAGGACAAUUUCAGCGACUGUGGAGUUUAUGUGCUGCAGUAUGUGGAGAGCUUCUUUCAGAAUCCCAUUCCCAGUUUUACGUUGCCUCUGAACUUAUCGGACUGGUUUCCACCUCAAAGGAUGAAGACGAAACGUGAGGAAAUCAAGGAGCUUAUUUUAAGACUCCAAACUCAACAACAACCACCACACCACCAGGAGAACACUCAGAAUUCCUACUCUGCUCCGGGAUCAUCUGAAGAACCUGAGAUCCAAGAACCUAGUCCAUCUUCCCUCUGAAUCCCUCAGCAUUCCUCCAGAGCCUUCACAAACUCAGAAACUUUGUACUAAACAUAAACUGUGACUCCAUUUCACUCACUGUGCUCCUCCGUUAAUUUAACAAGGUGUAGAAAUAAUAAUAAUAAGAAGAAUUCCUGAAGUUUGUUUGUAAGUUAAACGCGUCCAUUGCUUCUGUGGAGUUUUUCAGCAUUAAAAUCUGCAGUAGAACCAGGACAGUUACAGCUUUAUUUAUGCUUUGUUUGCCUUAAAAAAACGUGUGUAUGUUUUUUUAAAUUCAAAACUAAACGGCAAGUUAAACGUU